CCGCGCACGCGCAGUAAAGGUAGGAUGGUGGUGUUGGUACCUUUUGUGGUUCCCAUCGUGGGUGACAAAACCUUGUUGGUGUGGGAGCUGAGCUGUGGACCCACGGCCGAGGCCUUGCAAGUGAGCCGAGCCGGGGCAGAGGGAGGGGUGGAGGAAGCCACCUCGCGCCUCAGUAACUGGGCGCCCCGGGGUACUGCUUCAGCACCUCAUCUGCCUGUGGUCUCUGCUGAGAGGAAUCUUAGUUCUAGAGCCGACCUGAGUAGUCAGCUCGCCCCCACAGAUUUUUGAGAGAUAGUUCCCAACAGCCGGCAUUGCCUCCUAAUGCUUCUCGAAGCUUAGGAUUUCAGAGGGAAAGCUGGUCCUGAAAUGAGAAGUGUUUGGAGUUGCAGGAUCACCACAGUUGCCUGCGGCGAAGGGCUGGGGGAAUAGAAAGGAACGGGCGGUUUGGCUUCCUGGGCGUGAAAUUUCCUGCACUUACUUAGCAUGGGCCCACCCUACAGCAUUCUCUGUUCACAGUCUUCUCCCAGUUUGGCCUUCUGUAUUCGGUCCGAGUCUGCCCAAACGCAGCAGUGGCCGGUCCUGUGUUCUAUGCCAUCAUCGAGGUUUAUUCAGCAAGGGAUGCCCACAGAGCCCAAAAGGCAUGCGACCAGAAGCAGCUUUUUCAGACAUCUCCAGUGAAGAUUUAUUCUCAUCGAAUUGCAAAAGGGGAAGAUAAAAAAAGAAGCAGAAGGGGCUUUUUUCGAUUUCUGCUGCGUAAGAGAAGCUCAGGGGAAAGUGAGAGUCAGGAGGGCUUUUUCGGGAGAAGGCGGCCACUUUGGCUUAGGGAUGUGUAUAGGCCUCUCAACGCCACACGCAAGGAAAACAUGGCACAAAAGCUACACGACAGGGAGUCUUCUGAUGAGGAUGAGAUGUACUUCUAUAAGGAUGUACCAUAAAUGGGAAGUCAUCAAAGCCCCAGCAGAGAAGCUUCUGGCUGCAUAUUGGGUUGAUGAAGAGGCGGGUGAGGAAAGUGAGACCGCACACGAGACAGCCACAGAUCUUCUCCCAGUUUGGCCUUCUGUAUUCGGUCCGAGUCUUCCCAAACGCAGCAGUGGCCGGUCCUGUGUUCUAUGCCAUCAUCGAGGUUUAUUCAGCAAGGGAUGCCCACAGAGCCCAAAAGGCAUGCGACCAGAAGCAGCUUUUUCAGACAUCUCCAGUGAAGAUUUAUUCUCAUCGAAUUGCAAAAGGGGAAGAUAAAAAAAGAAGCAGAAGGGGCUUUUUUCGAUUUCUGCUGCGUAAGAGAAGCUCAGGGGAAAGUGAGAGUCAGGAGGGCUUUUUCGGGAGAAGGCGGCCACUUUGGCUUAGGGAUGUGUAUAGGCCUCUCAACGCCACACGCAAGGAAAACAUGGCACAAAAGCUACACGACAGGGAGUCUUCUGAUGAGGAUGAGAUGUACUUCUAUAAGGAUGUACCAUAAAUGGGAAGUCAUCAAAGCCCCAGCAGAGAAGCUUCUGGCUGCAUAUUGGGUUGAUGAAGAGGCGGGUGAGGAAAGUGAGACCGCACACGAGACAGCCACAGAGUGAGCCCUGUUCUGCCUCAAGCCACCGGUAAAUUUUAUUUUCUAAUAUCGGCUUCUCAGCAUUGCUUGUAAAAUACUUCUUUUUCUUAUAUUAAAGUGUAUAAAUUCAUAACCAA